AUGGACAUAGAGUCACUACAAGCUAUUGUCUGCGACGGACAAAAUCGAUAUCUCUUGGAGUCCGUGGGCCCAUAUUCCGACUUACUCCUUCAGCAAGACGGUCAGUUUGGUUCUAUUUUUCAUUUCAAGGAUAGUCCGAUCGCCUCAUUUAUCGAGACAAAGUCUUCGCCUACAGCUGUAAAGGUGAACGACUCGUGGAAGAUGGCAGGUCCGAAAGGGGCCCUCGUGGAUCAAUUCUCAGCAACCCGCCCCCGCCUCUGGGAGUCAGACGACGAAGGUUGUCAUCGAACUCAUAGCGACCUUGUCGAGUUCGCCAUAAACGAUGUAGAUUACGAACGUGUACCGACCAGGUUACGAGGGAUCACCACCAAAGCUACUGGGAUAUUAACCUCGCGGUACCUCAGUCAAGAAUCCCCCACUCAUUUUUGA